AUGCGUUGUUCGGCCGCCGUUUGGGAGCAGUACAAUUUCGCUCGUGAACGACUCCAAAAUCAAUUAGCACACCGGCUACGAUCGCAGAUGGCAACAUUGGUUGGAAACAUGGAUUCCGCGGAUUUGUUGCUAGUUGCAGCUGAUGGAAAGAAAUUACCAGCACAUGAGUGCAUUCUCCGUGCAAGAGCUCCCGGUUUUUAUCAACGACACAUUGAGCCAACUGUUUCGGCGAUGGGACCAGCAACAUCGGGGAAAAUAAGAGAAGUGGCAGUGGGUGACAUCGAUUCGAGUGGGCUCGAGUUUUUCAUUCAUUCUGUGUACACAGAAGACGAGAUUGCCCAGUUUCCUCCGGACGUUGAGGAAACCGCGGACGAAGAUCGACGAGACGCCGACUCGAGGAACUCAAAUCCAUCAUUUUCGAUGGAUCAAUCGACCGAUUUGGAGGAUUUCAAAGCACAGGAUCGAGAUGAGCACAUUUUACCCAAAGGCGAUGACCCGACCCCAUCAACUAAUAAAGGCUCGCAAAAUCAACACAAACAACAUCAGCAACAAAUCUCGAAUAUACCAAUGAUGACCUCGUUUCGAGAUCUUGCCACUCAUUCCCCGAUGAAUACCUCAUUGUACUCCAUUGGGAAUCGAUCGGAUGUGGGACCGGACAUCCCUGAAGAAGAUGAAGACGGCACCGCGGCACCGGUUCGGAGGAGAAGCUCAAGACAAGAAACAACGAUGGGGAAAUUCAUCCGUUUGGAUAGUGUGGAAGCGCUGGAGAAUGAUCGCUUGGAAUUAGAGAGGAAAAGGAGUAGUGGAGUUCACAAGGCAAUCUUUCCGAUGUUCAUCGGAUUGGACGAAAGAACGACGCCAUCAGAGAGAAUGUAUCAAUCGGUUCCUGAAGGUGUCCGGGGAAGAGCGAUGAUCGCGAAGAGGCUCUCUGUUGCCUCACUCUCCUCACUCACUAGCAUCGAUGUCACCCCGAAUCAUGAUGGAGCUGCCCCAGUAGCCGAUAGCACUCCAUCGUGCAAACUCGCCGCCGAUCUUCAUCAAAUGUACAUCGACAAUCGCGACUCGGAUGUGGUGAUCAAGUGUGAGAAUGGGGAACUCUUUGCACACAAAUGCAUAAUCUCAGCAACUUGCCCCUUCUUUCGACAACAAUUGCAAAAGUCGAGAAAGAUUGAGUUGAAAGGGUACACGAAGAACUCGGUUCAUUUUUUGCUCUCAUUUCUCUAUGGUGGACUGACGACGAUCCCGGAUGAGGUUGACGUUUGGGAGGUCCUCGCACUUGCCACUCAUCUCAAUUUGAAAGAUCUCGUCGAUGUGGUGAUUAUGCAUUUAAAAGUCAACAAAUGUCAUUGGUUUCACAGGCCAUGCGCUUCGUGUGUCUCUGCCAUUCUUGACGCUCUUCCUCAAUUCUACUCAAUACGUUCAUUAAAACCUUUGUAUGAAGAGGCUCUUCAAUGGCAAGCCAAAUAUUUUGCGCGAAUUUGGAAGGGACGAGUGUUUAUGCAUCUCAAUGAGCGAUGGCUAAAGGAGUGUUUUGAAGGAGUCAUUCAACAGAUUGACGAUGAAACCUUAAUCGAAACGAUUCUCGGCUGUGAACGUCUGCAAGUUGCUUUCUCUCGCUCACGCACUGAUGCCGCUUUCACUGUGCUCAAUAUGGUCAACGAUAUUUUAGAUGUCUCUAUGCAAUAUCUUAUUCACUCAUUUCAUCUCGUUAUCACAAGCAAAUCGUUCGCCGCUCAAGGAAAGGGUCUUGCCUUAAAUCUCGGAAUUCUUGAGGACAUUCUCCCGACGUUGGUUCACAGUUUAUCUGCUGAUGUAGCCAUCAAAUCGUACUUGGGACUCGGUGAUUUACUCGUCGAAAUUCAAAGUGUCCCGCCAUCUCCAAAGAGAACUUUAUCGAUACCAAUCGAUGAGUGGAGUUCGAGGUUCUAUGUACUGGUGAGAAGAUUGUAUGAACUAGUCGACAAACAUUUGCUUCAUUAUGCCGCGUCGGUGGUUCGAGCAGAGGCGUGGAAAUUGUUGAAUGAAAGGGAUCAAGUCCGGAUUCGAGAGACUGGAAUCUUCGUCGAGAUGCGUCAACCAAAAGCAGCGAUGCCUCGUUUCAGUAGCAACAAUCGAGCGUACAAACGCUCGUCAUCGGCUGGCGUUCAAAUGGGGACAGUGUUCACACCGGAAAGAGGCAGAAGCAUUGAGAGACCGAAGCCGUUGCAAAUGAUACAACAAAAGGCGAGAAGUCCGAGCAGUGAACCGAUGGAGGAUGAAAAGCCUCAACCCGAACCCGACCCGACGCCCAGUCUUCCAAGAGCCGCAAAAGGCACAAUCGCCUCAGAGAAUCGCCAACAUUCCCCAAGGAAAGACGUUCGGAAAUCGAAAACUGAAGAGAAAAGGGAGAAAAAGCCUUCAAUAGAAAGGACACAAAGCCCGUCUUCAAUCCAAACUCCAGCUCGACCAUCAUCUCGAUCGGUUUCAAGAGAAACAACACCUCGAGCACCAAAAGAAGCAGUUGGCUCUAGUUCAAAAAUCGUGAAAAGAGAGUCAUCGGAGAGAAAAACACCAGAUCCUCCAAAGAUUGGGGAAAAAGUUGAAGAAGGGAAAAGAGUUGAAGUGAAACGAGAGAAAGAAAAGGUGAAAGAAGAAAAAGUGAUGAGAAGAAAAGAAGCGUCUCCUGUUCCAAAAGAAACAGCAAAAGAAGAGUCAAAAGAAGAGCGAAAAGAAGCGCUAAAAGAAACAGCAAAAGAAGUGCCAAAAGAAACAUCAAAAGAAGAGCCAAAAGAAGCGCUAAAAGAUCCACCAAAGCCUUUACCAUUGCGAGAGCAAAAAUCCCGAUCUCCUACGAAGAAACGAUCCGAUCUUGAAGAGCACAAAAUGGAGCGACAAAUGACACACACGAUUAUUCAAGGCGAUUUCUCGAGAGCCGCCAAUUUACCCGGACCUUCACCAAAGAAAGAAUCCGGAGAAAAGCCGAAAAGUGUUGUUAAACCGAUGCCAAAAGAUCCGCCAUUAGCUGGAGUCGUGGCAAGUACGUCGAUGGGAAGAACACCAAGCAGUGCAACACUUGGACACAGGAAAUCCGGCGGAACAACGACUACAAGUAGCACGACAAAAAGUAACGUUCCACGAUCGGGAAUCCCUCAACCAGCCAAGACGAAAAGCUCCACAGCCACUGCUUCUCCUUCGAGUGGAAAAGCAACAACUACAACCAAAACAACGAGUUCCGCUGAAACGAAACGAGGCACAUCUCCGCGAAGUCGUAACUCACCGCGUAGCCCGAACACUCGACCAAAAAACAUGCAUAAUAUCGAUAAA